AUGGCUGCCGGAAAACCCUCCCCCGAUGCGAACGACAUCACCGUCGAGACUCUCCCCUCCAUCCUUGCUGAUGACAACAGCGUCAAGCUUGCCGGGGUAGACGUAGACGGUGUGCUGCGUGGAAAGCUGGUCUCCAAGAAGAAGUUUCUCUCUAUCGCAAAGACUGGUUUUGGCUUCUGCUCCGUCAUUUUCGGCUGGGACAUGCAUGACCAGACCUACUUCAAGGAGCUCAAGAUCAGCAACAAGGAGAAUGGUUACAGGGACGUUAUCGCCAUCCCAGACUUGUCCAGCUUCCGCAGGAUCCCCUGGGAGGACAAUGUGCCUUUCUUCCUGGUCAGCUUCCAUGAUCCGGACACCCAAGAGCCCCUGAGCGCCUGCCCACGGUCGCUUCUCAAGAGACAGGUCGACAAGCUGGCUGAGAAGAGCUGGGGGGCCAUGGCAGGAGCCGAAUAUGAGUUCUACCAGUUCAAGACACCGGACGACAGCCAAUCGGCGGCCUCCUACCUCAAAGAGAAUCCGACGCACACCCUACCUGCCCUGACCGAGGGCAUGUUUGGUUACAGCAUAACAAGGCCGGUCCACAACAAAGACUAUUACUAUGAUAUUUUCAAUACUUGCGAGUCUUUUCACUGCAACAUCGAGGGGUGGCACACAGAGAGUGGCCCUGGUGUCUACGAGGCUGCCCUCGAGUUUGGCGAAGUCUCGGGCAUGGCUGAUCGUGCAAGCUUGUUCAAGUACGUCGUCAAGUCGGUCGCAACCAAGUACAACGUCACGCCCUGUUUCAUGGCCAAGCCAAAGCAGGGCCUUCCUGGAAACUCUGGUCAUAUGCACGUGUCUUUGGUCGACAAGGACGGCAAGAACCUUCUCGUCCGCGAGACUCCGGAUCCCUCCUCCCCCUGGCCUGAUAUCGCUCAACUUUCCGACACUGGCCGGCAUUUCCUGGCGGGUCUCCUGGAGGGCUUGCCAGAUAUCAUGCCCAUGUUUGCCCCAACUAUCAACAGCUACAAGCGCCUGGUUGAGAACUUCUGGGCGCCUGUGACGGUCUCAUGGGGUUUGGAGCACAGAGCUGCGUCUAUCCGUAUCAUUGCACCGCCAACGUCGAAACCCGGUGCUACCCGCUUCGAAGUGCGCGUUCCAGGAGCCGACGCCAAUCCUUUCUUCGUUUACGCUGCCAUUCUCGGCUGUGGAAUCAGGGGGAUUGAAAAGAAGUUGAAGAUUCCAUGCCCACCUCUGGGCAAGGGUGAUGAUAUUGGCGGAGCGUCCGAUCAAGGCGAGAGGUUGGCGAAGAGUCUCAAAGAUGCUGUGGAGCGCUUCACCCGGAAAGAAAGCAUCGCCCGGGAGGUCUUUGGAGACGAGUUCGUCGAGCAUUUCGGAGGCACGAGGGAGCAUGAAAUCCGGCUAUGGGAUGAGGCCGUCACGGACUGGGAAAUGAAACGUUACAUUGAGACGGUGUAA